AUGAGUGGCUAUAUAAUGGGUGAAAUUGGGAGGAGAAGCACCAGUCAGAUAGCGGUUCUGCACGACGGGGUCAACAAAGACUAAUUAUAUUCAGCAGCAACAAUGCAUAGGCUAGUAUUCUGCUGUCUCUUUAUUAUCAGCCUCUCAUGUCCUCUCUCGUCUCUCCCCAUUAUAGACUCCAGGGAGGUGUCCUAUCAGCUCUCAGCAGAUGAAGAUACAAGAUUAAAUGUGGAGCGAUUGGACAGCUUGGGGACAGCAUCUCUGCUGCAGACUCUGCCAAGGCUCCUGGGGGCACAAACUGAGGACAGUCCCAGCAAAGAAGGUCUCAGCCCUAGCAGCUACAAUCCAAGGGAAAAUGUGAAAGAGGCUUUCUAUGGAAGUCACCCUCGAAUUGCUUUGCUGAGCCGCCUGCUGGCCAAAGACAGGAAACAGAAUAAAAAACGUGGGAACCUCUCUGAGUGCUUCUGGAAAUAUUGUGUGUAA